AUGGGGUGUCUGGGAGGACAGACGGAGGAGGAACGUCUGGAUGAAAAAGCCAAACGUGAAGCAAACAAGAAAAUAGAACGACAGCUUCAGAAGGAGAGACAGGCGUACAAGGCUACGCAUAGACUACUACUGCUGGGAGCUGGUGAAUCUGGGAAAAGCACAAUUGUCAAACAGAUGAGGAUUCUACACGUGGACGGCUUCAACGCAGAGGAGAAGCAGCAGAAGGUCCAGGACAUCCGCAAAAACGUGAAGGACGCGAUAGUGCCCAUCAUCUCAGCCAUGAGCUCUCUAGUCCCCCCUGUGGCUCUUGGGACCCCACAGAACCAGCACCGCGUCGACUACAUCAAAGGCAUCGCUCCUCUGUCUGACUUUGAGUACACAGAGGACUCGCCUGAAGUCAUGCACGCCUCUCUGUCGCAGGACUUCUUCGAGCAUACUCAGCGGCUGUGGGACGACGAGGGCGUGAAGGCGUGCUUCGAACGGGCCAACGAGUACCAGCUCAUCGACUACGUCACGGCAAUCAUCUUUGUGGCAGCGAGCAGCAGCUACAACAUGGUAAUCCGAGAAGACAACUCCACAAACAGAUUGAGAGAGAGUCUGGACCUGUUCAAGAGCAUCUGGACCAACAGGUUCUUGAAGACCAUCUCUGUGAUCUUGUUCCUGAACAAACAGGACGUUUUAGCCGACAAGAUUUUGGCAGGAAAAUCCAAACUGGAGGAUUACUUCCCCGAGUACGAGAACUAUACCGUCCCCCCAGACUCUGUCCCUGACGCAGACGAGGAUCCAAAAGUGACCAGAGCAAAGUUAUUCAUCAGAGACGAGUUUCUGCACAUCAGCACUGCCAGUGGAGAUGGGAAACACUACUGUUAUCCUCACUUCACUUGUGCCAUCGACACAGAGAACAUCCGCCGCGUCUUCAACGACUGUCGCGACAUCAUCCAGAGAAUGCACCUGCGGCAGUACGAGCUGCUCUGA